AUGACCAUUCUUGUGCCUCCAAUUAACUUUGGUUAUGUGCAGGAGAAUGUCUUUCGAUCGGGACAACCUACCUCUGUCAAUUUCCCUCAUCUAGCAACACUCAAUUUAAAAACAAUUAUUUAUUUAGCACCGGAUCAACCUACACAAGAAUUUGUAAAUUUUGCAAAGGAUCAAAAUAUUAAUUUAAUACACUUGACUAAUCAAUCUACGAAAAUGAAAAAGAGUGGAACUUCUUCAUCACAUACAGGAAUGGCACAAUUGGGAUUAAUUUCGGAGGAAAUUGUUGUUGAAGCUCUUGAAAUAAUUUUAAAUAGAGAAAAUUUACCUCUUGCUAUUAUGUGUAAUUUAGGUAGACAUAGAACUGGAACUGUAGUUGGAUGUCUUAGAAAAAUACAACGAUGGAAUUUAACUAGUAUUUUAGACGAAUAUAGAAGAUAUGCUGGCUCUAAAGUCAGAUUACAAAACGAACAAUUUAUUGAAUUAUUUGAUACAGACCUUGUUUCAUUUAGGACUGACAACAAACCUGAUUGGUUAUAUGAUUAA